AUAAUUUUGUUCUUGUUUCGUUUGUAUUGAUAUUUCUUAUCCGAUUAAGAAACGAUUAAUCGCAAGUCAUCUGUUGUUAUUGUUCCAGUUAAUUAAAGCUCGUUCAAUUCGUUCAACAAUGUUUAAAUAUCGAUUUGUGCAAAGGCAGUCUGCUAGAUUUUUACAGUGUUUAUCUGCAAAAGUUACGAGGAACGAAAGUAGAAGAUUUUUUUAUAUAACCCCGUCAAGUAGAAGUAGUGAGUAUGGAGUCAGUAUUAAGUUCACUCAAGAACACGAAGAAAUGAGGAAAAGCGUUAGGAAGAUUAUUGAUAAUGAUAUUAAUCCAUAUGUGGAUCAAUGGGAGGAAGAAGGAAUUUAUCCUGCUCACAAAAUUUUCAAAAAAUUAGCAGAAAUUGGUGUCUUAGGAAUUACGCGUCCUACAGAAUAUGGAGGACUUGGACUUGAUUAUUCUUUUACUGUUGCUUUCCUUGAGGAAUUAGCGUAUAUAAACUGUGGUGGUGUCCCUAUGUCAAUUACAGUUCAUACAGACAUGACAUUACCAGCAUUAGUAAACUUUGGAAGUGAAGAAUUAAAGCAGGAAUUUUUAGUCCCAUCCAUUUCUGGAGAUAAAGUAUCAUGCUUGGGAGUAAGUGAACCUGGGGCAGGUUCAGAUGUUGCUGGUAUAAAAACUACAGCUGUUAGAAAAGGAGAUGAUUUAAUUAUUAAUGGAAGUAAGAUGUGGAUUUCAAAUGGACUGCAAGCAGAUUGGAUGUGUCUUUUGGCAAACACUAGUGAUGGUCAUCCACACAGAAACAAAUCACUUAUAUGUAUUCCUUUAAAUUUACCAGGUAUAAGUAGAAAUAAGAUAGAAAAGUUAGGUACAUUUUCUUCAGACACAGCACAGUUUUUCUUUGAAGAUGUUAGAGUUCCAGCAAAAAAUAUUAUUGGUGAGGAAGGAAUGGGUUUCACAUAUCAAAUGUUACAGUUUCAAUAUGAGAGAUUGGCAGGUUGUAUAGGAGGUAUGUAUAUGGUGUUUNGGAUAAUACAAGCUACAAUAGAAUAUUGUCGACAAAGAAAGGCAUUUGGACAAUCUAUCUUGGAUAACCAAUACAUUCAUUAUCGACUAGCCGAAUUACAAACAGAAGUAGAAGCUCUUCGUUCUUUAAUUUACAGGGCUUCAGUUCAUGUAAUGAAUGGAGAAAAUGCAACUCUUCUUACAUCUAUGGCAAAGUUAAAAGCUGGCAAACUUCAAAGAGAGUUGACAGAUUCUUGCUUACAGUUCUGGGGAGGAAUGGGCUACACCAAAGAAGCUGAAGUCAGUAGAGCCUUUCGUGAUGGCCGUCUGUUAUCUAUAGGAGGAGGGACAGAUGAAAUUAUGCUGGCUAUUAUUUGUAAAUUUAUGGAUAUGUUGCCAGGCAAAUCAAAGAAAAGUACAAAAUAAUGAUAUAGCUUUUGAUUUACAAAAUUAAUUUAUAUAUCUCUUGCAUUAUGUAAAUUGUUAACUUUUACAAAAUAUUCAUUAUAAGUUAAAAUAACAAACUACUUAUUGGAGACUAGCCUGAGAAAAUCAUUCAUCAUCUAACACCCAAGUACUUUUGAGUUGGUCAAGCUCAGCUUCAGAGACUUCUUCCUAUAAUUUUUGGUUUUGAAUAAAUGCCCAACAAAGAAUAUAUUAUUGUAUACAUUUUCAAUUUUUUGCUAUAUAUUUUUUAUUUUCUUAAAAACAUUCUAAACCAUUAUGAAGAAAAAUUCUACAUAGCACUCUCUCUCAGCUGUUUUCUUUUAAUUAAAGCAUUUCUUUUUCCAAACAUUGAAUUCCUUGGGCAUUUAUUCAAAACUGAAAGUUGUAGUUAGGGCAAAUUUUCUGAAGAUGAGAUUGAGCAGUUCAGAUAUACUUGGGUGUUAGAUGAUUAAUGAUUUUCUCAGGUUGGUUUCCAAAAAGUAGUUUUUUACUUUAACUUAGGCUAUAAUGAAUUUCAAUCCUUAAUCAAUCUCAAUACAGACAUUAUAAUUUAUAUUCUUAUUGUACUUUAAAAGUUUUUAGUUUUAAUGAACUUUAUAAUGUUUCAAAAUUCUUGAAGCUUUUUUCCAUAUUUUCAGUAUAUCUCCUCAUGUAUCACUUUUUUUCCAUAUGUUCAGUAUAUCUCCUUCAUUGCACAGGGGAUGUUCUGCCAAUAGUCCAGUUUAAUCCAUGUGCCUAAGAAUACCUGGUGAUAUAUACUGAAAAGCUGCAAUGAUGCAUUCCUUUAGCUUAGUUAAAGUUGUCACUUUAGUUUUGUGGAUGAUAUCUUUAAUAAAUUUUCAAAGGAAGAAAUCCCAUGUAGUAAUGUCCAGUGAAUGGGGAUGCCAUGCAAUCAGAUCCCCAUGUCUGAUCAAGUGUUCUGGGAAACAUCAUUCUAAACAAGAGUGUACUGUAUAUCCAAAGAUCAAUGUGGUGUUGCAUCAUCUAGAAAGAAACUUUUGAAGUUGCCAAACAUUAUAAAAUUAAUUGGUAGCACUUAUCAUUUUUAGUUUAUGAGUAAUUAUUUUUUAAAGUUGUAUACUUAUUUUAUGGACAACCUAUAUAUUGAAAUUUUUAAUGUACAAUAACAAUAUAAAAAAAAUCUAUUCAGUUAUUUUGAAAUAUUAAGAGAUAUUUUAAAAACAAAUUUAAAAUGCUACGUAUUUAAUAAUUAUAUAAUUUUUACUGUAAAUUAUGAUUAGUAUCUUGUUUAUACUUUAAUAAAUAUUGAAUAUACAAUAUAUAUUCGAGAAAUUGUUUUCUGCUGGAAACUAAAUUGUUUACAUAUAGAAUUAUACUCUAAGAAUGAAGCUAUGAGUAGGAGAGAUUAAUAGUAUUACUGUUAUAAUUAUUAUUUAUUGUUAUAAAUAAUAUGUAGCAGAUAUAUAAAUGGGUAUAUUGUAUAGUUCUCAUAAAAGUUUUAGUGGAUAUUUAGUUAAUGUUAAAAAUGACAUAUAUAUUCCCUUCUCUUUGAAAUGAGAAGAAUAACUACUAUAAGAACUACUGCUGUUAAAAGUGAUAAAUAAAGUUUUAAAAAUGAAAUACCAUAUUUACUCACAUAUAAGACAAAGUUUUUAUUCAUUUUUCACUGCUUCAAAAACCUAGGUUUUCCUAUAUGCACAAGUGAAGGAUUCUUUGCAUUUUUGAAAUAAUUUUUGUGAAUCAUGUAUUCGCAUUUUUUACCAGAUGCUCAAGCUCUGGUGUUUAAAAACCAAAGUAUUUUAUCUAGAUUGUUUGAAUCGUUC